GUUUGUAAUAAAUAUACAAGUGACCAAUAAAGAAGGCUCUAGGGUCAUGCUCGAGGUGAAUCGCAGACUAGGCCGUGCUAGGAUUCUUAUUUCAUCUUGUUGGUAGCUCAUGCUGUUUAGACAAACACUCCUAAUGCAUGCCGGGUAACAUGCAUUUAUGUUUCAAUAUGGUUCUCUCGAACCUUCAAGUUGGAACAAUUGUAUAGUAGUAGUCAAAAUGUUGACAUUCAUUUGAGGAGGGAAGGCAAGAGUACAAAGUCUCAAUUCUUUCUGUCUUCGGAUUGAAGACUGCUAUAAUCACAUUUAGUUGUGAUGCAAGGGUGCAAUUGGUUAAAUGUUGACAAAGAAAUUCCACUGUACCAACAUGGUCUGUGUAUAGGUUCAUUGUUUGACAAUGGGCGAAGACAGUUCGCGAAAAACACGAUCAGUUUUUACACUUUAAGCAUUUCUCUGAGGUUAAUGAAUAUUUGAGUUGGCUUGUUUGUGCUGUUUCAAAUAGACUGUGUUGGAAGAAUAAAUUGACUUCUUAGAUUUCUGAAGAUUUUUGUGCUAUUUUGAGUAAACCAAAUAAGCCGUUGGCCAGGGUUUUGCGAGGCUAUGGUCCUGUGAGGCCUUGGUGCUGCGAGGCAUUGGUCCUGCGAGGCCUUGGUCCUGCGAGGGUAUGGUCCUGCGAGGCUCACUGAUCUAAAAAAAAAUGUCCUUGGUCCUGCGAGGCUAUGGUCCUGUGAGGCUCACUGAUCUAAAAAAGUGUCCUUGGUCCUGCGAGGCUAUGGUCCUGCGAGGCUCACUGAUCAGAUCAGUGUGCGAGGCUAUGGUCCUGUGAGGCCUUAGUCCUGCGUUGCCUUGGUCCUGCGAGGUCUUGAAAAGUAUUAGCUAUCAUCCAUCAAGACUGGGAUAUGAGGAUAUAAUUUCUUAUCUUUUAUUUUACUCUUUUUAUAUUGUUGAUAUUCUUUGCUUCCCGUUCCUCUUUGUCUCGUAAGCUGCAUCCUAAUUUGAAUUUUAGAAAAUGGGAAAACGAUUGUUCAGCAGGGUAUCAACAAUUAUAAAAAUCAAUCCUUUUGUGACCAAGUUUAUAUAGUGUACCAACACCACAACUAUCUGCUGGUUCAAAGAUUUAAUGUUAAAGUGCCAAGAGGAAACUAAAGGAAACAAAGCAGUUGUAUCCAAUCCUACUUAAUUGUACACCGUACACCUCGGUACUGAUUACCUAUCUCUCUGUCGCCGUUUCUGUCGCUUCUUACCUUACAAUCGGACGUUUUAUAUACUUUCAAUCUACGCAAAAUAUGUCUACCAAUCAGCAUUUAGAAAAACAGGAUACAAAUUUUACAUCAAAGAUUUUUUAUGAAUAACUUUAAAAUGCAUAUGCGGAUUAAUAAAUGUCGUUAAGCUGUUUGUUUAAACCGAUGAAUAGCUUGAGUCAGCCCAUGAUUAGCCUGAGUCAGCCCAACACAUCGUUAACCAAAUCUAUUAUGGGUACCUACACAAACAUGAAUUACGCAAGCAACUAUAUGAAUUAACAAGAAGAAAAACAAAUCUCUAUACGAAAAGCAUGUGCUGUAGUGCUAUAUUAAACACGCUGGCGUGAAUGGAAAAUCCCAACACCUUUGUUUAGAAUAAUCUUCUCAAAUACCCUUGCAAAAUACACGCUUGUACAAAUGUAGAUGGAAAGUAUAGCUCUGACACAAUGUUCAUGGCCAAUUUAUCCUUAAGGUAUUCCAACUUUAUGUAUCAAUCAUGGUCAAUGUUUUUGUUAAUAGUUGAAAAGCAGAAAUAAAUUCUCCAUGGCCAUCCUUUCACCGAUAACCAAUAAAAGACAAAUUUUUCCAACUAGAUUUAUCUUUAUCGCUAUUGAAACUUAUUUGUAAUUUGAAACAGCGUAUGGUAACAUUUCCAGAUCCGAUUUUUACUUUUUCUAACAAGGGUACCUUUUUCCGGCAUCGAUAUAUAAUUAAAUGCGGCAAAAAUACGGUGCCUGUAACCGAAUAAGAAUUUAUUAAUUUAAUGUGGUAGAAAUGCGGCAGCUCUGCCGCAUUUAAAUAGUAAUUUCAACAGAAAUGCGGCUUGGUUUCAGAUGCCGUUUUUCUACCGCAGCGAAUUAAAUGAAAAUUGUGAUUGAUAUUGAUUUUGAUUGAUCGAAGAGUGAUUAAAUGGCAAUACGCAUGCGUAUAGUUAUGCUGUGCCCGCCAAAAUUUGCAUUGUGUUUGUUUCCACCUCUGGACUCAAUUGGUAAUAUUUCUACAUUGAUACUCCAUUUUAUAAGCCAUUUUUGAACUUUGUAUCAUCAAAAAUUUAUUAAAUAAAGUUUUGCUCAACAAACAUUCUUUGAUUUUUGCAACUUAUCCUAUUCACGCUUCAGUUAGAAGUAUUUUCAACCCCUCUCGAAAUUUCAAUUGGAGAGGAGUACUUUUAAAAAAGGGAUUUAUUGCCUCAAGCAUUUAUUUCUACCGAAUGUUAACAUGAUUUAUCAAGAACUCUAUCAGGCACUGUUAAACAUAUUUUAAUAUAAUUAAUAAAAAUGAUAACAUUAAUUAACAAAUGAAUUAUUCAAACCUUAAGGCGAUAGAGGUAUGAAUUGUGGGAUACGCUCUUGAACAACAUGUUUCAGGACUUACACAGCGACCCUCCUCCUUAAAUCCAUUUAUCGCAUGUUCGAGCCAGUUUGAGUAAGACGAUAAACAAAUGGCAUACAAAAACAGCAUUAAUCUGUUACUUAAUUAUAAGAGAGAUUGUUUUGAUUGCUUAGUAGCAAUUUUGUAAGGUUUUGCUUAUAACAAUUGUGGCGCGGUAGGCGAUUUGCUAUUUCAGCUGACAGUUUUUUGCACUUCCAGAGUCAGUAAGCUUAUUUCGUGCAAAGGACCUCUUCAAUAAGGGUGACAUUGUAUUUGCUGUGUCUAGAAGGAGGGGUGAUCGUUUGCAAACAAGUCCCCACCGGACCUGCAACCUGGUUUUCCGACCCAUUCUUUCAAAUCCCUGGACUAUUAAAUCUCCACCCUGGUAUUUAUUGUUUCUGUAUGACAGGUAGUAAACGAAGGAACACACGUGUCGUAGGAACAUAACAGAACAUUCAGCUAAGCGUGUAUAUUUCACGCAUGGCUCUCUCUGAUUCACCAAAUUAACUAAAUAUUCUAAUUGAUGCAUAUUUAUCUCAAUAUAUGCAUAAAGCAUAACAUUACAGUAUAUUAACUAAAACCAGGGUAAAAUAUCCGUGAAUGUGAUAAUUAAAAUAGUUUUUGCGUUCAAAGUUGCAGAAGUUCAUAGAAUUGCUUAUUUAUCUGUCUGUCAUAGUGGGUGUGCUCCUUCUACUGCCAGCACUUUGUCCUUCAACAUUGGGAAGAUAGGUUCAAAUUUGAAAAUAAUAGUUCUGAAUUAUUAUAAGUUAAGAUCUGAAAAUGGAGACAUUGUCCUGUAGGAAUCUUUUGACAUCUCUUGUUUGUGAGUUUGCUAUGGUCAAUAAAUAGGGCACCUUUUGUACGAAUGAAAAGAAUCAUUUCUUUUUAUUUUGCUACUUUACCGUUUCAGUUUAACUUCGGUUAUACUUUCAUUUAUAUAAAGCAGUUUACAAAUGACAUCUAUAAAUUUAAAGCUAAUAAUAUUUCAAAUCAAUGCAUUAAUUUCACAUUCUGUGUCACCUGCAUCUUAGAUUGCAGUUUCAUUUGUUGCCUCUUGGAGAUUCAAAGCAGUUUUUACCUUUCCCAAACACCAAACUCUUGAAAUUAAUUAAAGUUUUCAUUGCUGCUUCAGGUUUAUGAAAAAUUAACCAUUCGAAUUUUGCCUUUUGAUGCACUAUCGAGUUCUUUGUUUCUAGGAUGUCGUAGUUAUUGUAAACUUCAAAGAACUCCCCAUGCUACAUGCUGUUUGAUUGUUAAGGGAUCUUCUUUGUAGAACAUUAGCUUCGUUUCAAUGAAGUAUUGCUUACUGGCGAGGCUGAUUUCAUACUGCAAUGAUCUUGUUUUUCAAGGCAUUACUUGCUAAGAAAGCUUCGUGUCUCGUGGUUUGUUAGAUUUGUUAUGAGUGUAUCUUCAUUUCGGUGUUAUUGGACGCUAGACGUUGACUAAAAGUGUGGCUCUACGAUUUCUCCUCCUCGAAGAUAUCGGCAUUAUCACUGGAGUUCUUUAAACGAUGUUUGUUCUUCGAUUUACGAUAACAGAAUAUUACUAAAUGUCUUGAAUCGCCAAGAUUAUACAUCAUUCUUCUAUAUUUGCUGAUUAUUCGUGUUCCGAAUUAUCUUUCGCAUUUUACGAAUUAGAAAGUACUUUGUAGAUGUUUGAUCGGAGAAGAAAGCUUUCAAUUGGAUUAACUGAUUUGCAUUUCAAGUUCAUUAAUAUUCAAGGCUGCAGUAAUAUUUAAAGUUUUAUCUCAACGACAGCGUCAUUAGAAGCGUUAUAUCAUGGUUGUUGGCAGGCUACAUCGGAGGAUAGCUUCAAGCUUCAAAUCAUCGUUGCAUUGACAUAACCCGGUCUUUAUUUUCACACCAUUUCACCUGAGAAAGAUUCUUGUGAAGAGAUUUAUUGGUAAUCACGCGCGAUCUGAUUGACUUUGUUCUAACUGUUCUGGUUGAAAUGGAAGCCAGCAAAGCCAAUGCAUUCGGUGAGUUUGCCGAGAGAACUUCAUUGCAUGGUGUGGGAAGGAUUGUCGAGACUAAGACAAAAUGGGGAAAGAUAUCAUGGGCCGCAUUGCUUGUUGGAUUUAUCUUAUUUCUUUGUAUCAUGCUUUUUAACGUAUUCACAAGCUACAUGUCCAACAACAUAUACAUUGUUAGGGAGAAGAUUCCCGUUACGAAGAUGCAAUUCCCAGGAAUUUCGUUUUGCCCAACAACCCUGCUUCGGCGCUCUGGUUUUUCCAGCCCUAACACUGCGCUAAUAGACGCGGUAUUUCACCGCUUUAAGGGCCGCGAAAAGGAUAUCGAAAUCAACAAUCUGCGCAUUGCUAACCUUCAUAGACACGAGGACCUCAUGAAGGGAUUCGAGAGCAUCCGGCGAUUAACAUCCAAUGCAGAUUCUCUGUUUAUCGCCGGCAUGAACAGUGCUUGUCGGUUCGGACUCAACACCCCGUGUCACUAUCCAAUGCGUUUUAAAGAGACGCCCGUUUCCCUUUUUGAAGGGAUAUGCUUCAAGUUUAACCCGAAUGGCACCUUCUUUCAAGUUGGUGAAGGGUCUUACUACGGUAUGUCGAUCAUUCUGUUUGUUAAUCAAUCCGACACUGACCCAUUCUCUGGUUUUGAUGAAGGUGCCGGAAUAAAACUGGUCAUCCAGUCGCAUGAUACUUUCCCGUUCCCGCUGGAAAAUGGCAUCCUGGUCAAGCCAGGCGCCUACACGAGGAUUAUAGUGGAAAAGCAAGUCUACAGAAGGCUCCCGCACCCGUAUCCGUCAAAGUGCAAGUCGCAAGGUGAUGGAAUCUUUCCUGGCAAGUACACCCCAAGGAACUGCAAACGGACUUGCUUUGUUCGCUACGCAAAGAAGGCAUGCGGCGGAACGGACGCUUUUGUGCAGUACUUCACCGGCGAGAAGAGGGACCCUCCAUUAAACAUCACUGAACUUCAGUGUUUUUACAACAAGCAGAUUGAGGCCGCUUGGCCGCAUAACGCGAAGAAAUGCAACUGCGCACUGCAGUGCCACGAGGAAACAUUCCACCCGAUGGUUUCGCAGUCCCUUUGGCCAUCGCCAAGUGACCUUCCCUACUACAAGCAGAUUUUCGCUGCUGCUCUUGGCCUAAAUCACUCUACAAUGACUGAUGCUUAUGUUUAUAACAAUUUUUUGAAGAUCAACAUAUUUUUCAGUGAGCUUGCAUACGAACAGGUAUCUGAAAUGCCUGAAUGGACCAGCCAAAAGUUGGUGAGUGAUAUUGGCGGGCAGAUGGGGAUAUGGAUUGGCGCAUCGCUGUUCUCGGUGCUAGAGCUGAUUGUGUUCCUCUUCUACUUUGCCAAGUCCAAGGCACAUGUUUGGAUGCUGAAGAGAAACGUUAUUGUUGUUGAACCUGCUCCAACAAAAUUCGCUGUGAAAUAAUCAGCUGUUAUAUAUUUAUUAACCAAAUGUUGCGUGGUUUAAGUAGGUAUUAGUCAAACAUUGCUAAUUAACAAGUUGUUGGGAGUUUUUGCAUGGGUUAAUCAUCAAAUGAAGCGCAAAAUAUUCAAGACGUGUUUGCAUAUUGAUCUUUUUAUGUUCCUUUGUUUUGCCAAUAGGCGAGGGGAUACCAGUUUAUGAGGAGCCUAAUGUCGGUAUGUGUUCCAGGCAAAGGCUGCUUCGAUCUGCCACUAUAAUAAUUUCAACAUUGUUUUUUGUGCUAUCAUUGAAGAAGUUUCAUGUUUUUUGUAAGGUGUUGUCAGACUUUGAUCUUCAGUUUAAGAAUCAGCAUUAGGAAUGUUGCACUUUAUACGUAAAAUCUAGUAAAAUCCAGCUCAUUCUAUUGUUGGCUGCAAUAUCCAUACACAUAAUCACACGUUUUUUGACACGAUUGUGGGUCCAACUAUUCGCUCUUCCCAACUUAUCUUUCAACGUGUAGUGAAAAAAUUUUGAAACAAUAAUUUAAAAGUUUCUCAUCGAUGCUACAAUUCGCGGUUCUUAAAAUUAUGCUGGAUAUAUGAUAGCGAAACGGCAGCAAAUGAGUACAAUUGAUACUCAACACGGCAUCCAUCAUUGGGUACUAAUAUAAGUUUCACAAAUAAAGCAGAUCUAUUAGCAUACAAAGCCUUCCAAAAAUUUUUGUAACACCAUCAGCAUUUUUGUUAUCCACAUUAACGUUUUCCUCUCAUCUCUUUCAAACAAUAUUGGAUUACUCUCCAUUGAUAUUCACUACUCGAGGUUAACCUGCAUUUAAGAGACUAGGAUUUUGGGGGGUGUAUUUCCAACAUUUUUAUUGUAAAGGGGACAGUGUAGCCAUUGUAAAUAAAUUGAGAACAGAAUGGAAUUGGUCAUGUGUUUCAAACGCUUCUAGAAAACGUGCCAUUCUUAAAUAUGUAACGUUUUGCUUACUGUUGUUUCGUGAUUAUUGAAGAUGGGUAUUCAAUUUUAGAUACUGUACUCCCACUAGGAGUUAUUCUUUCUCCAAUGCUGUUGAAACUCGCAUUUCCCUAGCUUCGCGCGGAAUAAGAGCGCUUGUUGUACCAUAGCUCACAGCAAGAAAAUUCGUGUUCAGCUUCCGAAUGACAAAUGAAACUAUAGCAACCGCCAAAUACACUUUUACUACGCAGAAUGAAAUUCUUCCCAUAACUUUAGCUCCCAAAUCAGCAUUCAACGAUUGAAAUGUUUACUUUGUUUAUAAACAUAUCUGUUGCAGCAAUGAAAAAGCUGCCAUAAAGUGGAAUCAUAGAAUAACUUAAAAUAGAUAAUUAAAUUCACGGAUUAUUCCUUGGGGUUUAAGGAAAACAGUUAAAAAUUAGGCAGUAGAGUAAAUUUCGUAUGAAAAAUAGCUUUAGUAUUAAAGACAUGGCCACGUUCUGUUUUUAUUGGUAGAUGUCAUGAUUUUUGUUAAGUUUUGAUUUAUGUUUACGUAUUCUAUUCUAAAUUAUAAAAUCUGUGGUUUUAUUAGUAUUAAAACAGAAUGCUCCA